GUCUUAAGCAACAUGGAAAGGGAAGACUGAAGUUCCAUCAUGAUCGGAGGCUUAUUCAUCUAUAAUCACAAAGGAGAGGUUUUAAUCUCUCGAGUCUACCGGGAUGACAUUGGCAAUAGGCGGAAUGCUGUGGACGCUUUCCGCGUCAAUGUCAUCCACGCACGGCAGCAGGUACGCUCGCCUGUCACCAACAUCGCCCGCACCAGUUUCUUCCAUGUCAAGCGUUCCAACAUCUGGCUGGCUGCUGUCACCAAGCAGAAUGUCAAUGCUGCCAUGGUAUUUGAGUUUCUUUACAAGAUGUGUGACGUGAUGACUGCCUACUUUGGGAAGAUCAGUGAGGAGAACAUAAAGAACAACUUUGUGCUGAUCUAUGAGCUAUUGGAUGAAAUCCUGGACUUUGGCUAUCCUCAAAACUCUGAAACAGGGGCCCUGAAAACCUUCAUCACUCAGCAAGGCAUCAAGAGUCAGCAUCAGACUAAGGAAGAGCAGUCCCAGAUCACCAGCCAGGUGACUGGACAGAUUGGAUGGAGACGUGAAGGGAUCAAAUAUCGUCGCAAUGAACUCUUUCUUGAUGUGCUGGAGAGCGUGAAUCUCCUGAUGUCCCCCCAGGGUCAGGUUUUGAGUGCCCAUGUCUCUGGCAGAGUGGUGAUGAAGAGUUAUCUGAGUGGAAUGCCAGAGUGCAAGUUUGGCAUGAAUGACAAGAUUGUCAUUGAAAAACAGGGCAAAGGGACUGCGGAUGAAACGGGGAAAAGUGGCAAACAGUCAAUUGCCAUUGACGACUGCACUUUCCACCAGUGUGUGAGACUCAGCAAGUUUGACUCUGAGAGGAGCAUCAGUUUCAUUCCACCAGAUGGAGAGUUUGAACUCAUGAGAUACCGAACCACUAAGGACAUCAUCCUUCCCUUCCGCGUGAUCCCUCUGGUGCGGGAGGUGGGUCGGACCAAGCUGGAAGUGAAGGUGGUGAUCAAGUCAAAUUUCAAGCCUUCCUUGCUUGCCCAGAAGAUAGAGGUCCGGAUCCCAACCCCCCUCAAUACCAGUGGAGUGCAAGUCAUCUGUAUGAAAGGGAAGGCAAAGUACAAGGCCAGUGAGAAUGCCAUUGUCUGGAAGAUUAAACGUAUGGCUGGAAUGAAGGAAUCCCAGAUCAGUGCAGAGAUCGAGCUGCUGCCCACCAAUGAUAAGAAGAAGUGGGCUCGGCCCCCAAUCUCCAUGAACUUUGAGGUCCCGUUCGCGCCCUCUGGGCUGAAGGUGCGUUACCUGAAAGUCUUUGAGCCAAAGCUGAACUACAGUGACCAUGAUGUGAUAAAAUGGGUCAGGUACAUUGGCAGGAGUGGGAUCUAUGAGACCAGAUGCUAGCCCGAGCAAGCUGGCAGGCUCCCUCUUCAAGCCAUCCUCCAUGUCUCCUCCGUCUUCAAGUACAUUCAGAGAACAUCUGCCUGGCCCCUCUACAGAUGGAAAGACCCUGUGGCUCACCUUGGGAAUGGACUCGCCUGCCUGUGCUCAGUUACCACCCAUGCUGCAGCUGAAGUUCAGAACCCAGUCAUGUGCAGGGAUGCUGUCAGCCUCCUGCUUUCUGUCCCAGGGUGGGGAAGGGCUAGUCUAACUCCCAUCCUCUCAUGAUCUUUCUAGGGAACGUCCACCAUUAAAUUCCUCUUCUGUUGGUGUCUCACUACUUGCAUCAUAUCCUAGUAUUUUUGACGUUCUUGUGCAUAUGUACCCGUAGAUUAGACCUAAACAUAGACUGGACAAAUCUGAGUUGAAGUUACCCUGGCUUCUGUACUAGCUAUUGCUGUUGUGGUAGAUGUUGCUGGCCAGUCUGAGAUACCUGGGGUGGUGAGUUUGUCAGGCCUCCACCGGAGGAGAUGGUGGGCUCACUGGACCUCACCACUUUAUAUUUCUUGCAAAGUCUUCAGUAUAGAGUCCUGCCAUGGGAAGGUUUGUGACCAAAAAGGAUGAGGGUUUAGACUCUUGCUGGUGUGUAUGUGGGUGGCACAGCAUUUCAGGUCCUUAGAGCACUUACCCCCACCUGCUACUGGCUUGGGCCAGUCUGUCUUUUCCAACCAGAUUGUAAACUUGGCCCCUCUGUCCCAGGGAGUGUGGGGCAACUGAGCUCUGUCAGGAUGUGAACAGGGUCUGUCCUCUAGAGUCUAAAAUGCCAAUGGCAGUAAGAGCCCCCUGCCCCAGCCUGCCCUCUCCACACUUCUACCAAAUGCUUCUGGGCCAUAGGAAUGCUGCUGCUACCCACAAUCCUGCUUCUGGUAGUGUGGUCUCCAUUUUGUACACUUUGUGAUUUGUCCAGCUCUGAAUCUAAUAAAGUAUGUAGAAUGGA